AUGCGCAGAUCGCCAUCACCAAGUCAAGAACUCGUGAGGACGGAUCAACAUUGCACCGCCACGUCGCAUUUACCGAAGAGAACGAGGCGACAGCGAAUCGAGACGGAACACGGCAGAGAAUCCGUGCGCCAAGGCUUCGAAAACAAACAUCCCGAGCUGGCAAGCGAGGCCUUCCACCCCAAAAUACCCUCCGAGCACCAUGGCCUCCCCGACGACGAACCUAGGGCCCCUAACCACGGUCUUCCAACCCCCGAGCGACUGCGGCAUCAACUUCAACAUCCGCACCUCCGGCGGUUUCCGCGGGGACUGGGGCAAAUCGUGCCGCGCGGUCGGCGACGGGGAAACACGCUCAUCCUCGGCGCCGCGUCGUCGUGUUUCCCCACCGCGCUGGGGUCCUACCUGAUGGGCGAUGACUAUCUCGAAACCAUGGCCGUCUUCUCGCCCGGCAACCUUUGUCCCAUCGGGUUCACGACGGCGUGUAGCGUCGUGCGCGGGGAUCCGGAGCCGACGACGGACGGGAUACUGACGACGGCGAGCUGGGCGAUUUGGAAUAUGCUGGACGAGGGCGAGACGGCUUUCAACUGUUGCCCCAGGAGCUUCGGCUGCGCAGAGGACGACGCCCUCAAGUGCACAUUCACCGGAUCCCGCGGCGCCAGAGUAUCAGGAAUCAUGUACGAAGACGAGUGCGAAACCAAACCCACCACCCUGACCCGACGACCCCACGAGGCCAACCGCCGCGGGGGCUCUGAAACCGGCCGGGCGUCGGCUUCCGUAACCGGCCGGGCGUCCUCGCUUCCCACACCCUCCGGCGGGCUGACAACGGGAGCCAAGGUGGCCAUCGCGCUCGGCGUGACCAUCCCUUUACUCUUCGUCGCGACGGCCGUCAUCACCCUCACGUGCAUAUUCAAGCGCAGGCGGAAAGCGCGCGCGGCGCAUCUCGCCCAGAUCCCCAACUACCCUCAGCCGGGGCAGUCGGGGUAUUAUUACGUGGGUGGACCCGGCGUCCCCGUCCCCGUGCCUGGCGGGGUUGUCGCCGCCAAACCGGAGCUAGAAGGUACCCCGAAGCUGGGCAAUACGGCGCUAGCCGGGCAGCAGCCGUUGCCCCCGCAAAUGUACCCGCCACAGUCGUCGACGCCGUCGAGCAGCGGGGAUGGCGGAGGGGUGGCGCAGCAGUAUCAGCAGCAGCAGCAGCAGCAGCAGCAGGCGCCGCUUCAUGGUCAGCAGCUUUCCGGGGUGCCGGAGCACGUGCGGUCGGAACUUGUUGGAUCGGCGGUCCAUGGGGGACCCGCCGUGAACACGCAUCCUAAUACUUAG